AUGAGGACGAACCUAACAAAAAAGUGUGAUCACAAAACUGAGAAUGCUCUCUGGCCAAUCGAUUACUCGAUAAUGGAUCUGGGUAUGACUACGAUUGACCGAACGAAUUGGGAAAGAUCAACAGUUCCCACUGCUCUGAUUCCCAAAGGUGAGAAAGCGCAAGGAGGGAUCGUAGAAGAGCUCGUGCAAGACAUAGUGGACGAAGAGGAGAAAGAUCGACAAGACUGA